CUCCUGCUCCUGUCAGAGACUCCGGCGGCAACGUCGUUGUCCAGUGUGCUAAUGCUAAUGCUAACGUCGCCCCAAAACAGGAAGUGAAAGUCUCCAAAAGGUCAGAAGUUCAACACCUGCGCUGCCCCCGCUGGUUGAAUCAGGAUCCAAGAAGCUGAAGCCAGUGUUCCCCCCCCGCCCCCGGGCUCUGCUGCAGCUUUGCACUCAAGACCAUGAAUAUCAACAGUUUCCCACCCAGUCUGGUUCCCACAGGUGUGUGGGCCCAGGGCGCAGCCUGGCCUGUGCCGAUGAAGAACCCGGGAACUGCCGAGAGCCGCCGGCUGCUCGGGCUGUUGGAGGGUGCCCUGCUCAGAGAGGCCCGCCUGUGGAAGGUGCCCGUCUUCAAGAAUGGAUGCAUCCAGGGUGCUGACAUCUCUUCAUCCCAACACAAAGAGAUGAUCGUCUGGCUCGGAGAAAUGAGCCGACUCUUCCAUUUCUGUCCAGAGACCUUUGCACUGGGAGUCUGUGUCCUCAACCGCCUGCUGUCCACUGUCAAGGCUCAACCAAAAUACCUGAAAUGCAUCUCGUUCACCUCCCUGGUCCUGGCUGCCAAGAUCAAUGAGGAAGACGAGGUUAUAGGUUCUGUCAGAGACCUGGUUGUGCAGAGCGGAUGCAACUUUUCAACAGCGGAGAUUCUUCGCAUGGAGAGGAUCAUUCUAGACAAGCUGCACUGGGACCUGUACACCGCCACACCAGUCGACUUCAUUCACAUAGUAAGUUCAGACUUCAGCAGAGAGGCGGGCGAACAGAACACUUUUCUCUUCCCCCCCCUGUUUUCUAACCGGACCUGAAGUCGUCGGAGCGUCUCACACGGAGCCGCUCGCACUCUGAGACGCUCCGUGACUCAGGUCCUCGUCUCGCCCUUAAAAACACAGCAGUACAAAAAGCACACGUUAAAACCAUCAUGCUCACUUCAAGGUGGUGCUCACGUACCCGCACACCCCCUCCCUCCCCUGCCCCGGGAAUCCCCCCC